UUCUGGUGGAUGGAAAGGAUGAGGAGAAGGGGAGGGGAAAGAAGGGAAGUUGGGGGAAGGGAAAGGAGGAAAAGGAAGGAGGAGAAUUCUAUCUCCUCUAGCUGGGGAGGCUAUUUAGAAGAGGGAGGAGUUUGUCUUGCCUUUCUCCCUCCCCCUAGGAAGGGGAUUAUGGUGCGGUAAUCAGUAUUAACUCUCUCCGCCCUGGCUGCCUUUUGACCCGUUCAGCUGCCAGCAGACCGCCGUAUAUAAGGGACUUGGUGGAAUGGAGCAGAAACAUCUGGCCCGGGGGCGAUCUCUUGGAUUGGCCUCCUCGCUCCUUUGGACGAGGGGAAUCUUCAAAGCCAGGACCCACGCUGGUUCCUAGCUAGCUAGUUGCAGUCUUUUCUCCUUCCCCUCCCUCCGUUUCCUCUCCGCCCACCGCGGUCUUGCUCCUGGGCCGCAGCCACCUCUCUCCCCCUCCCACCCCCACGCUAGCAUCCUCAAGCCUUGGUGCUCAGCCAUGGGGGACCUCCCGAGCCUCGUGCGCCUCUCCAUCGCUCUCCGGAUCCAGCCUAAUGAUGGUCCGGUCUUCUUCAAAGUGGACGGGCAACGCUUCGGCCAGAAUCGGACUAUCAAGCUACUCACUGGUUCCUCUUACAAGGUGGAAGUGAAGAUCAAGCCCACCACUCUCCAAGUGAAGAACAUCUCCAUUGGUGGUGUGCUUGUCCCAUUGGAGCUGAAAUCUGAAGAGUCUGAUGGUGACCGAGUUGUUUACACAGGAAUAUAUGAUACAGAAGGUGUGGCUCCAACAAAAAGUGGGGAGCGACAACCCAUCCAGAUUACCAUGCCUUUUGCUGAUAUUGGGACCUUUGAGACUAUGUGGCAGGUGAAGUUCUACAAUUAUCACAAACGGGAUCAUUGCCAAUGGGGAAGCCCCUUCCGUGUCAUUGAAUAUGAGUGCAAGCCCAAUGAGACACGCAGUUUGAUGUGGGUGAACAAGGAAUCGUUCUUGUGAACAUGAGUCUGACAUUGCUAGACAAUCUUUUCAGAAAUCUACCUUUAAAAGAAAAUAAACCCACAACCAGCACAAGCCUUAACUAAGGCAUACUUGGAUUGCUGCUCUCUCCCAUUGGGUACAGGUAACAUGUGAGUCCCUAACUUUUUGGAGGUAUAAUUCUCUUCUGAUGCAAUCCCUUCAUCCUCCCCUUCCCCAGGUUGCAGAUCAUAUUGCAACACUGCUGACAAAACAACACCUUUCCAUUUUUUGUGUUUGUGUUCUUGCACCCAAAACUUGGUCAUACUAUUGAUCACCUCUGGUAAAAGCCAAGCAGAAAUGCAAGUUAGAUGUUGUGUGCUUAAGUGGUUCUGUAGACCAUUGUGCUCCUCAUUUCCAAGUUGAAUGACUUCUUCCUUUUUGUUUAAUGUUGUUUAAAAAAAAAGUGUGUAUGGACUUUAUCUGCCUUGUAGAAUUUGGUGAUUUUUAUAUUCUUUGCUGUUUCAGCUUUGAGAAUGAUUUUUCAAAGCAGGCUCUUUGGAAAGAUAGGAAUUACAAUGAGCAAUAACGAAGGUGGUUUGCUAGGCAGAGUUCCUUGGCUUUGUUAAAAUGAACUUGCAGAGAGAUACAUAGGAAAAAAAAGUAAAAAAGCUAUCUCUCUGCAAGUUCAUUUUGAAAAUGAAAGGGCUGAAAUUGAAGGGACCUCAAAGGUAGUCUAGCUCUAUACCUAGGCUCCUAUAAGUAAUUAAAAUCUAAUUCAAUGUAAGGUACCAUUAAACAGAAAUUUCUGUGCAGGGCCUAGAGGAUCGUCAGAACUCUGCUUUUUGCAAGCCAGUUUACCUGAAUUGUCACAUUGCCCUUUUAUUUAAGAAGUGCGGUUAUAUUGCCUAUGUGAUUGAAACCUGUAUCAAUAGCUUAACUUCAUUCCUCCCUCUUGUGAACUUUGUAAAACUAUAUAUGGAAUUGUAAUCAAUUUUUGGUCUUUAUAAUAAAGGAAUUUAAAAGUAUACCCUAAUUUGCUCUUUUGAUAUGGGUAACUACCCUUCUGGUAAAGCAGAUAUGACUAUGUCAGUAGUCAACUCAGUUUUAAACCAUUCACUUGUGCUCCAAGGUGCAUGCAUACAAUCUUGAUCUAAGAAACCAGCUAUCAUCCUAUUCUUUAAAACAGGGAUGCUCUGGACCACAUCUUCCAGAUCCUACAUCCUGCUCUGCUUGUUAGUGGAAGUGAAUAUAUGGUGAUUUAGACAAUGACCUAAAUCAAUAACAAGGCAACAAAAACCCUUGGCCAGACAGGGUCUGUCUGUCUAGCAACUUCAAAAUAAAAGAUAUUUAUUGGGGAAAGAGCAGGGGAAGAGGCAGAAUCCAAACUUUAAGAGUGGCUGUAAGGGUGAACAGGAGGGAAUUGUGUAAGGAAUUUUGGGGAAUCACUAGAAUUGACAUUUGACAACUCUAAGCUCAGUUUCCUUCUGAGGGGAAUUAUGGGAUGAUGUGAAGUUUGAAUAACUUUAGGACCAUGUGGAAAAGUGGGAUCCACAAGAAGACUUGUAUUGAUUGCUUCUAAGCAAUUGUGAGUCUUCAAGUUUUCUGUGCUUGAUUUUUAUAGGUUCCUAUGAAUCUUAUGCAUCAUAUUUGUUUUCUGAAUGUUACAAUAAAGUCUGUUCUGUACCCAA